UCGCCACGGUUCGCGCCCGCGGCGCGUCCGCGCGCUAGAUUCGCUCGCCACGCCGUCGCGGUCCGCGCCGCCCGCACGCCUCGCUCCGCCGCAGACUCGCUAGUCCGUCAGGCUGGAAGCCGUAUAGCGUAUACCGAUGAAUAUAGAGUGUGGUUGAUCCAAUUCUCUUCCUUCGUCUUCCUCCUUUCCUUACCGCUCUCUGCAUCUCUCCAAACUCAAGUCAUCAACCCUAGGAGCAGCUGGUGAGGCGAUGGUGGGAAUACUGCGGUACAUGACGGGCCUUUAUUUUGGCCCCCCGCUUGGCAAGGGAGUGAUCCAAGAUCUGGAGUACGCCAUGCGGACCAAUGGCGGUUUGACCCAAGAGGAGGAUAAAAAGCUUCAGGAUUUCAAUGCCGGUCCAAGUGCGGUCUUCGUUGUGUUCUUAGGAUUCGGCAGCUUUGUGGUGUGGUUUGGUCUCAGCCUAGGACCCAAAUUACUUAGGCUCCCACCUAGUUCUGGAUUCACAAGGUUUUGUGCAGCUACUGGCUACGGUUAUAUCAUGGGAAAGUCCAUGUAUAGGGGAACCUUCCGUGUGUCUCCUGUAGUGCUGUUAAAAGAAGCUGAAGGACGCAUGAAGAUGGAGCUUGCUAACAUAAUACUUACUAAGCAUGGUGAUGAUGAAUUCCUGGUCGAAGCUGUGAAAAAACACUUUUUUGCUGAGCAUCUGUUCGAUGAUCUGCAUCAAGAUCAACCACUUUUCAGGUGGCACCCACACCAUUCAUAUACUGACAUUGUCUUUGUCGAAAGAAUGAAUGAAAUUGAAGCUACCAACUCUUAUGAUGAGGCCAGAACAGUUUCUGGAGGGACAACUGCGGACAACGGACCAUCUGGAGACCUGAUGGAAGACCCAUUUGCUUGUAUACUCGAUUCUCCAGGUGAUGUGGAAAGCAACAAUCCACCUGGAAACAUCAGCACUGUCCUGAAGCGAAGUGAGCUGCGUGCCCGCAGGAGAAGUCACCGGCAUCAUCAUCGCCGGCAUGCUGAUGACAAGUUUGCUGCAUUGUGAAUGGUUGGAUCAGAAGUGCAGUGGAAUACCGUAGAUGUUAGCAUUUGUUUAAAUCUCCCGUGAUAAGAAAUUAAGACUGCUUGAACAAGUUGUUCAUGUUUUGGAGCAGAUUAAUUGAGAAGUGACGUGCCUGUUCAAAAGUUUAGGCUGCGAAAUGUUGUGUGAACAUACCUGUCAAGAGAGACUGGGAUCUUAUUGUGAUGCGGCAGGUGCUGCGUUGUAGAUACCCAUGUAUCCCAUGAUCUAAAUGAAAAGAUGACACAAGUAUGAAAGCAGGAACGUGGUUUCAGGCA